AGCUAGUAUUUAAGCAGGGCUGCAGACUCUGUUCAAUCAAUUCAGAGCUCGCUCAACCAACAGUAACCAUCUAAGGAAUACAUUUAUCUUUUUUCCUUCGGAUUUUUGCUAAGCUAAAGCAUGGCAAAAUCACUGACUUUGAUAGCAGUGAGUUUAGCCCUCCUCCUCGGAGUAAAGGCUGGUAUCCACGGAGGUGGUGACUAUGGUGGUGGAAACGAAGGAGGAUAUGGAGGUGAUGAGGGAGGAUAUGGAGGCGGUGGAGACUAUGGUGGCGGACAUGGAGGUGGAGACUACGGUGGUGGACACGAUGGUGGAGACUACGGUGGUGGACAUGGAGGCAACGAAUAUGGUGGCGGAUAUGGAGGUGGUGGAGACUAUGGCCACGGCUACAAAGAGCCAAUUGUUCACGUCAUCCACAAGGAUGUCCCAGUCUACCACAAGGUGGCCAUUCCAAAGCCCGUCCCAGUUCCCAAAUACUACCCAGUGCCCAAACCAGUGCAUGUACCUCACCAUGUACCAGUACCCGUAAAGGUCCCAGUGUACAAAACCAUCCCCAAAAUCAUCACCAUCCCCAAGAGCGUCCCCGUCCAUAAGGUGAUCCAUGUUCCCAAACACGUCCCUGUUGGAGUACCAGUCCCAGUCUACAAGCCACACCCAGUCCCAGUCUACAAGACUGUCCAUGUGCCUAAGCCAGUCCCAGUUCCAGUCCAUAUUAAAGUGCCAAAAUACGUUCCAGUCCCAGUCCACAAGAUCAUCAAGGUACCCAAGCCAUACCCAGUUCCUGUGAAGGUCCCAGUCUACAAGGAGACCCUUGUUAAGAAGCCAGUCGUUCUCCACGUCCCAGUCUACGUGAAAGCUCACAGUGAUGGAGGUUAUGGUGGUGGUCAUGGCGGAUAUGGUGGCGGCCAAGGAGGUGGAUACGGUGGUGGCCAAGGAGGCGGAUAUGGUGGCGGCCAUGAGGGCGGAUAUGGAGGUGACAGCGGAUAUGGUGGAGGUGAUGGCGGAUAUGGUGGAGACAGCCACGGAGAUGGAGGUUAUGGAGGUGGCGACAGCCAUGGAGAUGGUGGAUACGGAGGUGGCGACGGAGGAUAUGGAGGCGGACACGGAGGCUGGUAAAAAGCUGACUGAUCCCAACUCUAAAGAGCUUUUUAAAGAUCCGUUUCUAGUGCGAUGAGAAAUUAAGGCUCUAAAUCAAUCAUGGACACUUUUGUAGAUACGGUAUUGAAUUUCCUCUUUCAUGUUUCACUCUCUCAGUUAAAGAAAAAAAGACCCCUUUCUCUACUGUUCCAAACUUGCCAAACUAUUUAAAACUCUGCAAAAAAUGAAAAAAAGAAAUAGUUUUUGAAUUAUAUGCCACCAAAAUUGAAAAAAAAAAUCUCUUUUUAUUUUUAUAAAAUUUUUAAAAUGUUGUCGUUCUGAAAAAUCAAACAUGAAUAUUUCGUAGAUCCAUGGAGUUAUUGAUAAUAUCUUACAAAAGAUAUUACUCAUAUAAUUCUAUUAAUGUAAGUAGUUUUCGAAUGAAAUUAGAAUCGUUUGCAUUUUCAGGGCUUCUAAUAUGCUUUGUACUUCAUAUUGUAUUAUAUAUUUCAUGAAGUAUUUUUUUUAAAAAUUCAAAAGGAUAAUUUUAUUGGAAACAGUAUUGAAUUGUGUACAUAGAAUUUUUUUAUAUACUCUUUCUGAAACGAUUUGGAUCCCUUAAAUUUCUUUGAGUGGUAAUCAGCAUUUGCCUUUUCUCCCAAAUGUAAAUAUUGUAUUUGCUUGGUCAUCUCCCUUUCGUUGGUUCUGUUCUUUUGUAAUAAGUCAUUGCCCAAAGACGGAAGUGAUGUCACAGAAGUCAUUGCAUAUGCAUAUGUAUCAUUGUGUGAGCCUUCAGCCUUUCGGGCUAAAAAUGUGUGGGAUACUCUCAUAUAUUGUUAAUAAACUUGU